AAAAAGGCAUUGGAUGGGGGCGGGAGGGCUGCUGUGCAGCAGGAACCGUGGAGACGCUCUCCCUCUCUCUCUCUCUCUCUCUCUCACACACUCACGGGGAUCCAGGGACGGUUAGCCCUCUUUCACUGGGAUCUAAAGCCACCGCGCGGAAAAGAGAGUUGAAGGAAAACCCUCUACAGACACAACACAAUGGCAGACAAGAUUAAAGAUGCCAAGAUCAUCUUUGUUGUGGGUGGACCCGGGUCUGGAAAAGGCACCCAGUGUGAGAAGAUAGUUGCAAAGUAUGGCUACACUCACUUGUCUUCUGGUGAUCUGCUCCGUGCUGAGGUGGCCUCUGGCUCUGACAGGGGCAAACAUCUCCAGGCCAUCAUGCAAAAGGGAGAGCUUGUACCUCUGGACACAGUCUUGGACAUGAUUAAGGAAGCCAUGAUCGCAAAGGCUGACGUCUCCAAGGGCUUUCUUAUUGACGGCUACCCUCGUGAGGUAAAGCAGGGAGAGGAGUUUGAGAAGAAGAUCGGCAAACCAUGCCUGCUGCUGUACGUCGAUGCCAGAUCGGAAACCAUGGUCAAGAGGCUCUUGAAACGUGGUGAGACUAGCGGUCGGGCCGACGACAACGAAGAGACUAUCAAGAAGCGUCUGGACUUGUAUUAUAAAGCCACCGAGCCAGUUAUCGCUUUUUACGAGGGCCGGGGGAUUGUGAAGAAGGUGGAUUCUGAGCUGCCCGUCGAUGACGUCUUUGUCCAAGUCUCUCAGGCCAUUGAUGCACUGAAGUAAAGAACUAGAAGAGCUGUGUCUGGUUGUGUGUUUCCUUUAGACUCUCCUCUUUCGUAAUGACUAGGCAUGACUAACAAGAUUAAUUAUAACUUUCCCAAACUGAAUACCUUAUUUCCUCUUCAUAAGGAUGAAAAAGGAGGGCCACUGAGAAUUAAAGAUGCCUUAAGUCUAAUCCAUAGCAAUAAGAAUUUGAGUUUGAAGACACAAACCAACAAAUCAGCCUAAGGCUGCAUCUUGAAAUUAAUUUUUUUCCCCACACAUGAGCUAGUUUGUAGUAUAGAAGUCUUGCUUUGAUUAUGUGCUGAAUAUUUAUGUGUAAAUCCCACUCUGGGACAAACACAGUGUCCUUAAAGAAUCUGCACAACACUCACACAAACAGACGGAUGGUUUUUGUUAUGACAGUCUUUUUGCAUUAAAGCUCAAAAACAC